ACAGCCUUACUAACUAAAGCAGUGAUAUCAUAUUGAUUAUGUAGGCCUAAACUGAAGACUAUAAUGUCUAAUGAGGAAAGAUAUGAUCAAAAGUAAAUUUUUGUAAACAAGGUCGUACUGAUAAAUAAUCCAGAUGAAAGACAUUAGUUUCACGAGAAUUCUAUUAAAGUUCAACUUCAAUCGCUUUGAAAUAUGUGAUUUUUGGAAUCCUUAACCUAAAAGAACCUGUUAUCACUGAUUUCCAUGCAAACUGCUCUAGGCCUCAAGCUGCAGCAUCAAGUUUUAAAUUAAUAUCUUGUUUCUGUUCUUCUAAAGCUAUGAAAUCUCAUCCAUGUAUGGAUUUCUUUGAUCAAGCUCUCGGGCAUCCGGAACAAAAAUAUAAAGACUAUUUAUGUCUGAAAACAGUGUUGAGGGAUCAAACUAUUCGUAUCAUUUGUUUAUCUGGCAUGUACAAAACUUUGAGCGAAUUCAAGAGUUUUCUCAAAAGAAAAUUUGCAAAAUUAAUCAAUCAAGCUCAUCGAAUAGUACGCCUUCCAAUUAUUUUCAUUUGUAGUCCAGUAAAUAGCCUUACCACUAGGAAAAAAAAUAUCACUGGCUCUAAAUACAAAUUUAGAAAAAAAGAUUUACCAGAAAUUAAUGAUCUAAUGUUACUAGUUAAUAAGAACAUUUCUCUAAAAAGGGCACAUGAACAUUUGCUUACUGUUUCAACUGAUAGUGCCUAUGCCUAUGGUCCAUAUGCGCAAGAAAGUAAUGUCUCAUGUAAACUACUGGUAAUACUGACAUCAGUGUCUAAAGAACCUAUAGUUCUACAAUAUACACAUAAUGUAGCUGGAUAUACAGAUGAAAUAAAUCACUCAAAAACCUUGGAAAUAGAUAGUGUCGUAUGCAGAUCACAAGAUAAUGUGGCUAAAGGAUCAAUUAAUUUGAAACCUGAGCUUUAUCCCAAGUCUUACAGUCAUCAUGGAGUUAUUAAAGAAGAUUUUGAUGAAAGAUUAUCUUGUCAACAACUGCUGAUGCAUACAGACUGCCUUGCAGAUAAGGGGAAAACUGCUGAGUUUUCUCACACACUCAAUGAAAGUUCAUGCUCGCUUAAUCUUAGUGGAAAAAUUGCAGCUCAUCGCAAGUGUCGCAAAUUAAAAAACAUUGAUCAUGGUGUAACUCAAUUAGAACUAUCUACAUCCCUUGAAAUGUGUAGCAUAUGUAAUAAAAAAGAUGCAACAAACGACUUAGUAUUUUGUGAACAAAGCAGCUUGAAAUACAACCUUGGUAUGAAACAAGAUCAUGCAGAAGUAAUACUUCAAAAUUUAGGUGAACUGUUAAAAUUUAAACAGCAUCAUACUUUCCCUCAAACAUUACAAUUGUAUCCAGUCUUCAACCAAAAUAGAAGGCCAGAUAUUCGUGAACUUAUGAGAUAUGAAAUUUGUAGAAUGUGCUCCUUUGCUUAUGCUAAUCAUCCAGAGGGUCUAAAUAUGUGGUUCACACAACUGGCACAGGCUGGAUUUUAUUACACAUAUGAAACUAGACGUAUUAGUUGCUUUAGUUGUGGAUAUGUAUGUGAUGUUACCAAUGCAGAGUCUAUUGAAAUGGCUAACCAGCAUGAAUGUCGGCGGCAUGAACGUAAUAUUCCUUUGAAUGAAUGGACGCGGGGCAUAGAUUCAGGUGAUUUAUUGCUCUAUCAGUCAAUUUUUGGUGGUUUGACUUCAUCCUUUUUUGAAUCAGGAUUAGAUCAUCAAGACAGUAAUGCUACAAAUCAACUUGUACCAAGCAUUGGGUCUGCUUCUGGAGGUCAAGAUGUGAAUAACGGUUUUACUGAAGUAGUUGAUGUUAGAGAAACUAGACUGCCUUCAAGUUAUCCCGAUACGACUGAAGGUUCUGUGUCCCAGUCACAUCAAAGUUUACCAACAAACUUGAAUGAAGUUUCUGGCUCUGUAGUUUUUCAAGAGAGUGAUGUAUCAGAAUCUAGAGAAGUACUCACUUCUAAAUCCAUAGAGCCUGUCCCAUUUACUCACACACCAAGCCAAGCUGCUACUAUUCCAGAAACCAGUGCAGAAGAAACAAACAAUGCACAAAAUCCUCCAGAAGAGGGUGCUGUGGGAGGACAUACUGCAUCAUUUGAGUUAAGUGGAGCAUCAUAUCCACAGUUUGCCAGCAGCUCAGCUAGAAGAGCAACAUUUACUGGAUGGAAUCCUGACCACCCUCAGCGUCCUGAUGAUCUUGCGGCUGGCGGAUUCUUUUAUGCAGGUUAUGCUGACUGUGUGCGGUGUUUCAACUGUGGACUUGGACUAAAAUACUGGAGACCAAGUGACAUUCCAGCUUACCAGCAUGCUAGGUUCAGGCCCAACUGUGUAUAUAAUAAAAUGUACAAAGGUCAAGAUUAUAUUAAUAAAGUUCAACAGGACCUUCAGGAAGAGCAAGCAAGAGUCCAAGCAGCUGAAAACAACCGACCAGACAAUCAAGUAGUUACUGAAUUCACUGAUCUCUCUGGACCUGAGCAACCUCCACCUCCUCCUCCUCCUGACCCAAGCCCAGCAUCAAAUGAACAAGACCAUGAAUACCUUCGGUUGCCUGCGGCUCAAGAAGCAUUGAGAGUUGGUUGGAGAUCUGAUCAAGUUAUUCAAGCAGUAACUAAUGUUGUCGAGGAAAUUGGUGUUACGGCUCAGAAUCUUCAGCAGGAUGUACUAUUCGAUGUUUUACGAGAACUUUAUUCAGCUGAUGAUGUACCAGCCUCAACUGGCAUCAAUAAUUCCAGAAGAGAUGAUAGCAUUAGUAGUAGUAGUAUCGCUGAUACUUCAAUGGCUACCAUUAGACCACGUAUCUCAGCAGAUGAACCAAUCAACACUUCUGACAAACUGUCAUCAUUAGCUAACGCUAGUGAAAGUAGAGCCACAGAAGAGAAUACUGCAGCUGGAGCCUUUGAAGUGCCGGACGGUUCCUCAAGGGAAGACCCAAUCGAACAAUAUCAGGCUAUAGUCAGAGAGAAUGCUUAUCUAAAUCAAAGAACAAUAUGUAUGAUAUGUCAAAUGCGACCUGUAGGCUGUGUCUUUCUUCCAUGUGGGCAUGUCAUAGCAUGCCAGAUCUGUGCACUCAAUGAGCGUACAUGCAGAGCUUGUAACAAAGUUAUCGUAGGCACUAGCAGCGUAUAUUUAUCAUAACACUUUGUUUUGUGAGGUUUACCUCUGGAUGCUGGGCUACAUUGUGCAGAAUCAACUCAUAAAGCACCUUUUCAUGUGACUACAUAAUACCAUAGUGGUUCUGCAACUUGUAUACCAUAUGUAUACCCUAGUAUAUCAUUAGUUAAUCAGCUAAUACAUAAUUAACCUUAUCGAUUGUAAAUGUGUGUAUAUAUAAAAAAAAAUCAGUGAAGCCCUCUACUGAUGAAAAAAAACUGGCCUCCCAGCAUUACCUGCCUCGACAAAAUAGGUGUUUCUUUUUGUGCUUUUUAUUUUCAGGGCUUUUUUUUUUUUUUUUUUUUUUUUGUCAUACAGAUUUGGAUGUUUUUUUGUUUUUUUUAAAUCUUGUAGAUUGUUUAUCCUAAAUAAUGUCAAGCUACGUACUUGUAUAACAUUAUGUGCUUUGCUUAUUAUAUGGAAAAUUGUUGUUCUUAAUAACUUUUAAUAAUAAUUAAAUCACCAAUCUCUAGAAAUGUUUUUCCAGGAACUUUACAAUUAUAUUUUUUUUUCCUGUAGUAUUUAAUACAUUAGAAAUAUUUGAAACUAGUUUAGAAUGUUAAGUGAACUCUGGUUUGUUGCCUUGCACUUGUAGUAUACUUGUUAGAACCAGUGGAUGAUUCAAUUUGUUAUUGUAAUUCCUAAUUUCUUUCAGUGAUUGAUUUGAGGGUUUGUUGUUUUUUUCACAAUAUGCCAUGGUUAGUCUGGUGUCCAUGGUUGAUUAACACAUGAGCUCUCACUGUGGUGCUUAACACCAGACUAGGUAUUUCUUGGAGAAGUUUGUGGAGCUACAUAUUCUUCUGCAGAGUAGACCAAUCAAUCAUAUCAGUACUGUUACUUUGACACAAACUUGAUAGUAGUGCAUACCAAUUAGUACUCAUCCAUAUGGGCAUUAUCCUUUUAAUCAUUAAUAUGUUCACCAAGCGAAUACAGGAACAUUCACAGUAUAUACCAAUUUGUACUCAUCCAUAUGGGCAUUAUCCUUUUAAUCAUUAAUAUGUUCACCAAGCGAAUACAGGAACAUUCACAGUACAUACCAAUUUGUACUCAUCCAUAUGGGCAUUAUCCUUUUAAUCAUUAAUAUGUUCACCAAGCGAAUACAGGAACAUUCACAGUACAUACCAAUUUGUACUCAUCCAUAUGGGCAUUAUAAUCAUUUAAGAUGUUCAACCAUGUGAGAAUAUUUAAUCCAUGCCAUAUUCAACUAUUACCUCACCCAUUUUCAUUCCUGAUGUUUGGUGAAUACAAGUAAGUUAUCAGUUUACAUGGGGCUCUUGGAAGUAUAUUCAUUAGAAAAUCAUGCCACUUGAUUGAUAUUAGUGAACUUCAUUGAUUCAAGUCUAGGUAUAUAAUAUAAAAUGUUUGCCCUUUUUCCUUUUCUUGUUACUAAACUUGAGUCUUGAUUGGUCAUGAAUAACUGCAGCAUUAUCAUUGUUUCUAGACUAGCUUACAGUAGCAGAUCUAGUUUUACUACUUCAUUCAUCCUGAUGUCUGGGGAGAGCAAGUAAUUUAUUCAUUCUGCUUGGAGGGCUCAUUGUACAUUAAUGUAAUUUGUAAAAUCAAAAUAUAUAGUUCCAGGUAUAUUACGGAAUAAAGUCUUUUUUUCAUUUAAAAACA